GCACUUCAAAUAGUGUCAACACAUGCGAUAACAUAAUUGCAUGAAAUGACAUUAUAUAUCUCAAAUAUUUACAUUUACUUUGUUACAUCCUUAAUCGCAAUCGACUGGACAUGGUGCAACAUGAUGUCCAGCUUCUAAUCCAUCCAAACGAGCCAUUUGAUCGGUACUGAGCUCGAAAUUGAAUAUGUCAGCAUUGCUCUUUUGUCUCUCAGGGUUGUCAGAUUUUGGAAGAGUGACGAAACCGCGCUGAAUAGACCAUCUAAUAAGUACUUGUGCCCAGUUUUUGUUAGUCUCUUCAGAUAUCUUUACGAUAGUAGGGUCAUCCUUCUUCUGUCCGCGAAUGAUAGGACAGUAUGCUUCCAAGAUGAUAUCAUUCUUCUGACAAUACUCAACAAUAGCGCGCUGCUGAUGGAAUGGAUGAAGCUCAAUCUGGUUGACGCUUACAGGCACACUUGCAUAUUUCUUAAGUUCUUCGAUGUGUUUUACACCAUAGUUUGAGACACCGAUAGACUUUGCACGUCCUUCCUUUGCUAGACGCUCGAGAGCCUGCCAGAGGCUCUUACGAUCAGUUGCACCAUUGGCUUGACGUGGAGAGUGUAUCAAGAACAGAUCUACAUAUCCGAGACCAAUUUUUUCGAUUGACUCCAAACACCUCUUGUAGUUCGCAUCAACGUCACCAGCAGAUUCCAUGACCUUUGUUGUGACAAACACGUCCCCAGCUUGUUUUCCUGCUUCACGGAUAGCUUCUCCGACCUGAACUUCGUUGGCAUAGUAUUGAGCUGUAUCGACGCCAAUGUAUCCGGCUGAUCAUGUCAGAAGUGCUAUAUGCCAUGCAUAUCAUUCCCACCUUUGAGAGCUGAAGUGACAGUGUUCUUUGCAACAUCAGAUGAACUCUUAUAGACACCUAGUUGAAAUGCAGGUAUCUCAUGUCCUGAUGCAAGUCUGUAUGUUGAGCUGAUGUUGUUAACUGAUGGCAUGAUGGAUGUUCAGAUUGAAAAAACAUUACGUAAGUUCUUUUUACUUUUCAAUGACGUGUAGCGACAGUUGCAGUGAUCCAAACCAUACACACGAUCCACACCCUUCAAGCGGCGUAGAUCAUGAUUUCCUUUACCAAGUUAUCGACAAACCAAAUGUCACAGCGCUUAAUAUCGACGAAGACGAGGGUGCCACAGGAAAAGACGUCAUAAAGGAAUGGAUUGAUAAAGAUGACACCACGCUAUUCAUACAAAGUGACGCUGAUGAACAGCUUUUACUUAGGAUUCCAUUUACCGCGAGUGUUAAACUAAAGUCUAUACUAUUCAAAGCUGGGCCAGGAGAGAGUGCACCUUCUAAGGUGAAGAUAUACGCCAACCAAUUCCUCGAUUUUGGUGAUCUAGAUAGUGAUCCUGCAGCCACUCAAGAAAUUGAGCUCGUUCAAUCUUCUGAGUGUAUAGAGUAUCCAAUUAAAAUAUCAAAAUUCAACUCAGUAAAGAAUCUGACGCUCUUCUUCCCUGAGAACUUUGGAGAUGAUACGUCACGUCUUUACUUCGUGGGUUUCAAAGGCAGCUGGACGGAGUUGCGUGCUGAUCCAGUCAUAACAACAUAUGAGGCAUUUGCUAAUCCAGCAGAUCACAAGAAAAUACCUGGAACAGAUGCUGGAAUGAACAGCCUUGGUAGCUAGCGGGAUAGCGAGUAACUUGCUUAUUUAUUCUUAUGCACCGUCAUUUCGUCAUUAGAUAACAGAAUCUAAGGUUAGAUGAGCUUCCACAUAGAUCGCCACAAAAUUACAUUCUAUAUAUUUAUUCAUUUGUUUAUUUAUACAUUUAGAGAUACUAC